GUAACAGGAAGCGCCAAAGAGCUUAAGUGUAAUUCACACACAGUAGAGGAUAUGACGAAAGUUCCUCAGGGGUUUGAUUUCAGUUUCCUAAAUGAAGAAGCCAGGAAGGUCCUUCAGGUGCUGGAAAGAAAUGAGGAGCUACAGAGGGCAGAGAAGGACAGGAUCAGCAAACUCCAGAAGACAAAGAGGGAUAUCAGAUGGCUUCAAGGAGUAACUGGUGAAUGGUUUGAAGAAGUUCAAAGGAAAAAGUUUUGCAGUGAAGCAGAUGUUAGCCAAAUGUUAAAACAACCAUUUACAUACAGACUGAGAAAGGGGAUGGCAGAAAAUGAUCCUAUGGAAUUACAAACAUCAAGAUCUAAAAAUAUACCUAAUCAAAGAAACCCAACAUCCGUUGCUUCUCGGCUGAGCUUCAGAUCAUCAUUUGCUUCCCUGUUCUCAUUCAGAAAAUCCAGAAAGGAGACUUUAAAGCUUCAACCGCUGGGACAGAAAGGAUGUGACGACCACAUACCUCCUGUGUCUGUGAGGGGAACUGCUUUGCAGGCAAAAAUAUACAAUUCACCUCUGGAAAAUCAACCCAUUGACAGUGCAUUUGUCCCCAAGCCAGCAGGCAUGAGGGAGGGAAGUAGCAUGCCUCCGUGGGAUGCUUCACUGCUAGAGGAUGAGUUUUUCCAAGUUUUAGAUGAUUUGGAUGGAAAACUGGCUCAGGAAGAGUCUCCAAGCUCAUUGAAUGCCAGAACACCUCUCAACUAUGGAUCAAGAACAGAGUUCAGUCGUUUUUACUCCAGUGGGAAUAAACACCGUAGUAUCACAGCAAGGCACAAAAAUUGCUGUAAUGAAACUUCUAAUAUGUCUAUCUAUGACAUCUUAAGACCAGGAACCCCUAAGGAAGGUUUUAAAACCUUUUCUCCUAGAACAAGGACAAUCUGUGAUAUGUACAAGACAAGGGAACCCAGAGUCUUAAAAGAAGAUUAUGCACAAAAGAAUAUUUUUGGUAGUAUUUCUCUGUAUUCUGACAGCAGACAGCGAUCAGCCUCACCAGCUACAGGGUAUUUCACAGCAAGAAACUUACCUUUUUCAGCCACAACUCAGAACAAGACUGGGUUUAUACCACCAAGCCAUCAACAGAGCCCAAAGAGAACUCCUUUAUCAUCUAUCAUAUGGAAUAGAUCAGAUUCCUCUAGGGAUAGGCAGAACCAGGAAGAGUUCCUGAGGGCACCAUCACCAAUGGAAAUUGACCUUGCUGACCAGAAUAUGUAUCCCAGGUGUUUUCAGGAGGAUAGGAGAUAUGAAUUUUACCAUUCACAGAGUGUUCACCAAAGUGUUGGUUUAAAUGCCUCCAUGAAUAAUGCAAUGAGUCCUGACCCAUUUGAGAACUCAGAGAAUAUGCCAUUCUACCAUGAAGAAAACCCAUUUACUAGGUCUUUCCUUAGCAAUACCUUUGGAUGGAGCAGGGAACAGAGAUUUGGACAAAGUCCUUUUUGGGGCCAACAGGAAGAACAUUCUUCCUGGUCUGACUUUCAUCAAAGCAGGAAACCAUUCACUUCUUCUGACAGAAACUUUGAAAUGACCUCCAUUGAAGCAAAUAGUGCAUUUUUAGCUGGUCAUUGUCAUAGUGUUCCUUCUCAACACUGGGGGUCAUUUUCUCUUAGGUACAGAACAAAUAUUUCCAGAAACCAAGAGAAGCCACAUCCCUCACAGUUUGAUUCUCAGGCAUCCACACUGGAGAGCAUGGAGGUGUCACAAGUUAAUAGGAACCAGUCUACUCAUUUCAGCACACCAAAUGUUUGCCCCAUGUCUGGUUCAAGCUAUCACAUCAAAUCCGGUGGGUUAGAAUGUCAACAGGACAGUUCUCCUAUGGAACUACAUAUAAACAAAGAACCUUACUCAUUUGGAAUUGCUCAAACUCUAGCAUCCUCAUUCAAAACUACCUUCCCACAGAUUCCUGAUGACAGAAGGAAUCCUCAGAGUCCCAACUUUCAGAAUCCCACAGUCACUUCGCAGAAAAUUAAGCCUGCUUCUCUUCCAAUCAGAAACUAUACAGAAGUCACUGGGACCGACAGUGAUUCAGUUGACUCUCCACCUCUGACUGAAAGCCAACCCAAUAUCUUGGUCACAGAAGUGAAUAAUGAGAAAGACUUGAAUGGAUCUGUUUUGGAAAAAGACAAACAACUAAACAAGAUAGAUCAGACAAACUUGACAGGUGAAAUACCCCAACUUGUUUCACAGACAGUAAUUUCUAACCCUUUACCUGAUUUUCAAAAUCUCCUCUCCCAGGACUCAGCCAAGAGCAACAGAUUUGUUUUUAAUGCAUCUACGACAAUAAGUUCAAAAAGUUUGCCUGGAGUCAUUUCCAGGAGAGAUAUCUCCAAAAUUCAUAAAGCCAAUGAACUAAAAAAAGAUAAGAGUUAUACUGGGAACAGAAAACUUGGCUCAGCAACUUCCCUUCCUUUCAUUCAGGAAAGCAGAACAACAUCACCUUUUCUCAGCCCAAAUCAAGGUUGUCACCAGGAUUUAACAGUAAGAAAUACAGAUAUUUCAAGCAUUAUUAAAAAUAACCAUGGGAGUCCUGAACGUACUGAUAAUCAAAAUGCACAGUCUCCAGAAAAGCCUGCUGUUUUAGAUACCAAGGAAGAACAAUGUACCACAACUUAUUCUACCAACUGUAGCAAGUCACCUGCCGACCACAAUAUGCCAUGUGAUUCUUUAGAUCUGUCAUCAGGUACACUACCAGAUUCCUCACCAUCAAAUGAUUCUUUCCUUGAUGCUCUGGUGAUUCCUUCUACUACAGGGUUCUCCUGGAAAUGUCCUUCAAGCAAAGAUCUAUCUCUGGGAGAAAGAGAAGAAAAAGACAAUGAUUACAAGAACCAAAAUAGUCAGUUUUCCCUAAGCCUCUCAGAAAACCAAAAGAGUAAUGUUAAUUUUAUGCCUGUACAUAAUGAAGUGGUUGAUGUUGUCAAAUGCCAUUCAUAUCCUCCUUUCAGGGAUGGAAAGGGAAAAGGAAAAAUAAGACGACGUAUAUCCUAUACCGAAAAAUUAAGCAAAAUGGAAAGUAGAUCAAUACCUACAAGUGACAGCAGAAACCUCACUGAGGGAACUGAAAGCAAUUCCAAGCCUCCUGAGCUUCACACAAUUUACUGUACCUUACCAAGAAAAUCAGCCAAUUUUCUCAUCAAUAACAGGAAGUCUGAAAGUAAGAUAAUGCCUUCUUCGUUUAGGAAUGAGCCACUUGCAUUCCAAAUCAAAAAUGAUGUGGAAGAUCCAGUAGGGAAGUACAUAUCAAACAAAUUCAGUCCCAGUUCUUGUGAGUCAGAGAGCAAAUGUUCUGGAGUAGUUUCAGACUCAGUCUCAGUACCACCUGAAGCCACAGAGGGGAUGACAAAUAUGACAAACAUUGGAUCUGCUUCUGGUAGAAAAGGACCACUUCAAGUUCUCAUCAAGAGGGCUGUGUCAUGUCCCUCAGGGGUGCCAUAUGCCUCAACUGGAAGAGAUGAAAGAGAAAAAGGUUUAGUCUCAGAUACAGAUGCUUCUACUAUAACCCUAAAGCCUUGGGAGCGACUCAUUAACCCUCUGGGAAGUGACUCAUCUGUUCGGGAGUGUUCUUUAAGCAAACAACACCACCAGAAGGAAUACUUUCAAGAAUGCACUGAAAAGAAUGGUAGAAUUUCUGCCUCCAGGACAGGUAUAUUUUCCCAUUCAAAUGAACACCCUUUACCUUUUUCUGCAGAUUUGUCAGGCAAAGAAAGUGGGAAAACAUUACAUAAAUUUAAGACUACUAGUAUGUUUUCUGUUUCUGGUGAUGAAGAUAAUGUGAAAUGUCUUGAGGUGAUUUCAAUAUAUUAUACUCUAACAAGGAAACACAGAAAAAAAUUCUGUAACCUUCUUCAAAAGUAUACACAAAAUAUCGAUUCACUUACAGAAUCAGCUAAAGUGGGGACUAAAACAUCUCCUAAUGCUUUAGAAAAAGACAAACUAAAUUGUUCUACACAAGAGCAGUCAGGAACACCUUCAUCUAAAGAUCUAAAGAUGCAGGUCAGCUCUGCUCAGGAGAACAGCCAUCUUUCUCACACCACUGAAAAUAUGACUGGUUUACAAUUACUGAGUUUUGGGUCCUCAGAACCUGCAUUACAGGAAAUUGCUUCUAUUGAAGCAGAUGUUUCUCUUCAUAAAGGAGAACCUAAAUCUAGAGAGAUUUCCCCACACAACUUAGCUAAAACACCUUUAUGUGAUUCACAAAGCAAGAAAGAGAAAGGGAAGAAAUUGCGAAGUGAAACCGUGUAUACUUCACCAAGGCUUCAGGGGAAAAAAGGUACAAGAGAGAAAUCUGAAAAUUGUCAGCAAUCCAUUAAAUCAGGUAACAGUGAUUUUUCUAACCUCCCAGCCCAUUCAGAAGAGAAUGUUGAAAAUUCCCAAAUCAUUAGAAGUUCUGGGGAGUGUACAAGUAGUGCUAUAGCCAUUACAGCUACUGGAAGUCUUCAGAAAGAUAUAACAGGCAUAGCUAUAGGUGAUAGCUCCGAUGGAUUGCAGCCUGGGGAAGUAAGAGGGGAAAUUAGAAAAGAUUUCCCAAAAAACCCUGAUAAACCACUUUCUGAUUCAGAAAGCCAAGUCUUUGCUCUUACUCCAGCCUUGCAUAAACUACAGCUUGAUGAGAAGACUUGUUCAAGUGAACAAGAUUUAGACAGUUUGCAGUCUGAACCCAGAGAACCACCUCAAAGAAGUCAGGAGGUAAAUAUGACAGAGAGCAAGGCUAAAGAUGAAAUGCAGGAGUUGGCAUGGAAUCAACCUUCACUUCCUGAAGGAAGUAAUAAAAGUAAAAAAAGCUUGGAUGACCUAGAAAAAGGGAAAAACAGAUCUUCAGUUAAACACAGAUUGGCAGUUAUGUCCAAAGCAUGCAGAAAAUUUCCAGCUGAAGAUUUAUACCCCAGAAGACAUGUAGCUACUAUCUUUCCUCAAAGUGGGAACAGUUCUGGCUUUAGCACCUUAUCCCUUGGCACACCAGAGUGCAACCCACACUCCCCUGUGCCUACUUUAAAGUCCACAGAAUCCACAGAUGAAAGCAGGUUAAGUAAUGAUGGAGUAAAUGUGGAGAAACCCGAAGACCCUCUCCAGGUUACUGCAAUAACCAACAGAGAAACUUAUACACACUCAAGCAAUCAGAAGUCUAACAAUAUUUCACAGCCACAUCAAAACGAGUUUAAAAAAAUCUCAGAAUCACAACUAAAGUAUGAGAAUUCUAAGGAUGUAACAGUAGCUCAGAUUUUGGGAGGAGCGUCAGAAGCCCUGGCCCAACCCUCAUUGAUCAGCCUCAGGGAAGCAGACUUCCCUGACCAUCAGAGGGGGCUGAACCCUCCUUUGCAAUUGGAGCCUGCAGAGAAAUCUACAGUAAGCAUGCCACUGGCCAGUUUUCAGCAACAACAAAGGAGUGCUUCAUCUCUGGAGUGGGAACCUGAGCCACACCCCUGUCGUUCAAAGAGUUUAAAAAGCAUCAAUGUGCACGGUGCUCUACUACGAAAAAGUCAUCCUCCAAAAGUCAGAGAGCGUCAUUUUUCUGAAAGUACUUCUAUUGACAAUUCCCUGAGUCAACUGACCCUUGGGAAUGAAUUCUCUAACAACAGUGUGUACAGUCGAAGAUUCAAAUCUUUUUCUGAACUUCCCUCCUGUGAUGAAAAUGAAAGUUGGGCUUUGUACAACAGUAGGCCAAAAAUGGGUCCUAGGUCUGCAACAUCUAUAUCCAGACCUAUUGACUAUGGGAUAUUUGGGAAAGAACAACAACUGGCUUUCUUGGAGAAUGUAAAGAGGUCACUCACACAAGGAAGAUUAUGGAAACCAAGUUUUCUUAAGAACCCUGGCUUCCUGAAAGAUGAUGUAGUUAAUCCUCCUAACCUAACAGAGUCAUCAAGUUCUAAUUCUCCUAGUAAUCAAAUGCCAGAAGAUGGCUUAUCUCUAAGUACACCACUUAAUAUCUAUGAAGAUGAUCCAGUAGACUCAGAUUGUGACACAGACACAACCACGGACGACGAAUACUACCUGGAUGAAAAUGACAAAGAGUCAGAAUUGUGAGGCUUUUUCUAUAAAAUGUAUAACCUUUUCACCAAAAGUUUGUAAUGUAAAUAAAGUGCAAAUAUGUAUGUCUACGGACAGGACAGAUAUUAGAAAAAAAAAAUCUAGUCUGGACAGUUCCUUCUCUGAAACAAUCCAAAUUCUCUUUUUUUCCCCCUCCACACCCUAUAUAUAGACUUCCUGAAUUCUAGAGCAAUGAAUUCUUGUUUAGAGGGAUUCUCUGCUGUUUUCUUCCUCUGUAUAUAUCCUUGGCCUUCUGCCACUCAGCCCAAACUUAAUCUCUAAUUCACUGUCCAGUUUUGGUUUUCUGCUCUAUUUUCCCCCUAACUUUCCUAUACCUUUCAUGGUGAUUUACAACUUUAAUAUCCCAGCACAGCAGCAAAACUCUGUCUUGCCUCUUCCAAUACCUUAUAUUCAUGGCAUUAAAUAAAAUGUAGGGUGAUAACAAUGGAGUAAGUAUUAUUAUCCUGUCUGACUCAUCAACAUUUAGGAGGUUUAGAGUUUGGGUUUUUUGGUAUUUUUUUCUUUUGAACAAAGAUAAGGGGAUUUCUGUAAGGACAUCCUGUUUUAUCCAUAGUGGAGCCAGGGAGACACAUAUUUGAAAAGCUUGUUGAGAUAAUAGGUGAAGAGGUGAAUCCCUAGUAAGCCAAAGAACAUUAGUACUCCUAGGAAUUCCUUUGAAAUAGUUUCUAGGAUGGUACAGAGGGUGGCUUAGCCACAGAAUUUCUGCUUAGGAAGGGAAUAUAACUGAGGGGUAGAGAUAAGCAGACAUCCCUUCAUGAGACUGAUAUCCUUACUGCAGCUCUCUCAGCAACUGUUCCUUUUUUUUUUCCAUUUCUCCAGAACCAUCCAUUUAAAAUUUUUCUUUAUUUGCAGGAUAGAACACUUUUUUCCAUGUGAGACAUUUUAGUUGCAAGUGGUAGCCUUGGUCAAGUUCCUAAAGUACUGCCAAGUCAGACCUGACACCUUGGGGUUCACAGGCUUCUUUGCCAGAUCAUUUACCAGACCCUUGGAAAUUAGAAGGCAGAACUUCUAAGGACUCGUCACUAUGAUUCCUUCAAUAAUUUAUCUAGACUAAAUAACUUGUCACACCCACUGAUAACGUGGCUUUCCUAACUCUUUAUAUGCCAUGCGGAAUUUUGGGGGUUUUCUCUCCUCCUAAUCAGCAUAAAGACCAAUAAAUAGGUGGCAGUGAAGCUAAUCUGCUAGAACUACAGAAAUCAUGCCAUCCUGGAUCUUAGUACUGUGAGGGUCAACAUGAAUGGAUUUCAUCUUGUUUGGUUUAUAUUUGCUUCCUGGCCUCAUUUUAGUUUCCAUUUUUCUCACCUAGUCUGUUUCAUCCAUAUAAAUUAAGGAUAAUGAUAGGUGUUGGGGAAGUAUACAGAAAUUUGGAACUGAUAGAAAUGCAAGAAAGGACUAUAUUAUUAUUCUCCUCCUAACCAUUGCCUUGCCUAGAAGCAAAAUGCCAGAGCUAGUUUGCAUUGUUCCCAUGAAACUCAAAACUAAGGAAAAUGAGGUAAUUACAUGAAAGCUAUUUCUUCAAUCUAUAAAUUGUCUUAAACUGCAAGCUCUGGCCAAUCCUGACCUCAAAGAGACUGAUAGUAGAAUUCUAAAUCAACUGUUCUAAACCUUUCCAUUUAAAUUUGUAUGGUGAAGAAUAAAUAACAGUUUAUUCUUUGUUUCAUGUAUGUUUGUAAAUUCUACCUUCCUUUUUCUAUUUAUCUAAUUAUUUAAAUAAAAUUCAUAAACCAUGACCUAUGUUUUCUAUUUAAUUUUAAAAUAUUUGAAGUUAAUAAUAUUAAGAUUCCUGUUUUUUUAAAUGAUCAUUUACCGAUCUAUUUCGGUAAAUAUUCUGAAUC